CGCUAGGGGGCACCAUCGCGCUUCCGCGGUCCCUGCAGUCACUCGGGCCACGACCAAGAGGACCGGAGCGGUGGAAGCGGAAGAGGCCGAGGACGCGUGGGCGCCGCGUGCCCGGCGGAAGUGGGGCCGAGAAGCCGAGUGUGUGUUGGAGAUGAACUGCGUGAGGAAGGCGCUGAGCGCGAGCGCGAGCGCUCUCAGGAGUGUCAGUGUGCGUCCUCGGUUCGCUCCUCCUCCGCCCUCCGUGUGCCUGGAGAGCCGGCGGAGCGCCACUCUGAAAGCCGCUGAUUUGGCGCAGAGAGUCCGGAAGGAGGAGGAGCGGGAGCGGGCGGCGCGACGACAACAACAGACCCCCCGAACCCCGAGCCAGCGGGCCGUGGUCGAGCUCCGGCGCUUCUCCCGGCAGCUGCAGGCGGUUCACCCGACCGUGUUGGCCAAGGCGCUGCGUCGCGCGCUCCUGCACGAGGACCGGCGCCUGGUGGCCUUGAACAAGCCGUACGGCGUGCCCGUGCACGGGGGCCCGGGAGUGGGCAACAACAUCAGCCAUGUCCUGCCUAUCUUGGCCAAGAUGAUUGAUGGCCCGAGGGCGGGUUCUCAGCUGCACCUCUGCCACCGAUUGGACAAGGAGACCACGGGUGUGCUGCUGUUGGCCAGGAGUGAGGAGGCGGCCAAUGACGUGCAGGAACUCUUUAGAACGCACCAAGUGGACAAGAAAUACCUGGUGGUGUGUGUGGGCGUGCCUGUCCCCUCCGAGGGGGUCAUUGACAUCCCCAUUAUUGAGAAGGAGGUCCGUGGCUCCCAGCCCCACUACAAGAUGGCGCUGAGCCCCGUGUACAGGCUGUCGCAGAGCGGCGACGGGCUCACCAGGGUCCGGGCCAACCGGCAGGCACAUGGAGCCGCAACCCGCUACCGUGUCCUCGACAGUGCAGGGGGCUGCAGCCUGGUGGAGCUCCAGCCUGUUACAGGGGUGAAACACCAGAUCCGGGUGCACCUGGCAUACGGCCUCGGCUGUCCCGUUCUUGGGGACCACAAGUAUGCGCACUGGGGCAAGCUGGCCCCGCAGAAGCUGCCGGAAGGCGUGCUGCGGCGGCUGGCUUUGGAGCAGAGUAAAGCGAGGCACCUUCCUCUUCACCUGCACGCCCGUCAGCUUGUCCUUCCCGGGCUGCAAGGCCAGGCUGACAUCACCAUCACGGCCCCGCUGCCCCGAUUCUUCAGCAACAGUCUCUGCAAGCUAAAGCUCUCGCUACCAGAGGAGGUGUGACCUCACAUGACUGGCUGGGCUGUCCGCCUUCAUCCCCCUGUGACCUGCAGGAGUGUUGAUACACGUGCAUCGUCCACCUCUUCCUCCCCUUAGGGCAGAAAAUAAGACAUAUACACUGAGAGGUCUUAUUACACUUUUUGAGUGAGGUAUGGAAGGUAUCUUGCUUUCUAUUGUGUGUACAUAUUUGUUUUUCAUCUAAUGCAGUAGGAUGUGUAGUGAUUGAGAUGAUCCACUGGAACCUUCUACAAGAACCAUUCCUUACCCUGGUUAAAGGAUCUGAUGCAUCUUUUAAAAGGUGAGAACUUCCAGGAGCUAAUGGCCUAAAUAAAAGAUUUAAUGGACUGGA